AUUUGAUAGUUUAUGUACAUCAUUGCUUAUAUAUAAAUGUUUGUUUGUUUAGCAAGUAGGUUAUAGUGUUAAACAUAUCAAUCAACAAUUUCAAAGUUAAAUGUGUCUCCUGUAUUGAUAGAUAACUGAAAAUCCAAAGACUGAAGAGGAUAGUCAGAAUUAUUUACUUCAUCAUAAUUCUUAGUUGGAUUUAUUUUAUUGAUUUUCUAUGUCAAGAUGUGAGUUGCCAAUUCUAUUACCACCUUGGGAUCCAUCCUUUAUUUGCUGGAAAUGUUGUGCAACUAAAUGCCAUCACUUGCUAAUCUUUUCCAAAGUCACAAGACAUUCCAUUUGCUGCAAUUGUUACACACUGUGAAUUCAAUUGGUUCUGCAGUCAAAAAGGGCACUUCAAGGGGAUGCUUUUUCACCGGGUAAUAAAGCACUAUGUAAUUCAGGCAGGGGAUAUCAAUAGUCUUGGAGCAACAAUUGAUUGGACUUUAGAACGAAAGCCUUAUGGUCAACUUGAUACCAGUUUAAAGCAUGAGGCAUUCAUGCUAGGAACUUCAAAGGAAAAACACGAUAAUAGAGGGUUUGAGCUUUUCAUUACAACUGCACCAAUCCCAGAUCUAAAUGAGAAGCUUAUUGUUUUUGGAAGGGUUGUCAAGGGAGUGGACAUUGUGCAGGUGACGUUGCAACCCUUGUUUGUACCUGUUCCUGUUUCUAAUGAUAUGGAUUUUGGUUAGAAUUUUUCUCAUUGUAUGGCCAAUAGAGACUCUUCUAUGGAUGCAUGUAGCAAGCAACAUAUUUCCUUGCUCGAGGUUAUAGACUACAAGCUCGUGGUUAACAUGCUUUACUAACUCAUUAAAUUUUUCAAAAUACUAGACCCUAGAGGAGCUAUUGACCAUCAUCAUUAGAAUUAGUUUUUUUCGUUUUCCUUCUUUUGGAUUUUUCAGUUAUGUUAAUAAUAAUAUCAUGACUUAUGAGCUUUCAAAAAUUUCCUUCUUCCAUGCUCAACUCCAGUGGAAUCCUGUCUGCCAAGUUGGAUAAUGAUAGAGAUGCUUUGUUGUAUCUUGCUUUUGCUGUUAUGUUUCUCCAAGAACUUGGAUUCGAUGAGUUACCACAUUGUUUGUGUUGCCACUUAUCAUACAAUGUUCGUUUGCAGGAAAUUGAAGAGGUGGAUACAGAUGAACACUAUCAACCAAAAUCUCCCAUAGGAAUUGUUGACGUGACCCUGAAACAGAAAAUCUGAAGUCAUCUUGAAGAGAAGUUUCCUAGAUCCUAUAUUUAGUCAUUCCAGAAAAGUUCCAGGGGCCACAGUCAGACUUGUUAAGAGACUUAUGAUGAUGCAUUUUUUAAGGCUUCACAUCUCGCAUGCAUCUAUGGAUACACAGAAUUUUACACGAGGAUUAACCACUGUUUCUUGGCUGUCAUCAUUAAGCUCUUUCACUCCAGCCAUUUUGAUUAUUUGCACUAUUCUGACUUCUUGUUUUUUUUCCCCUUAUGAUAUCUGGUCCUGUUUUACCCUAAUUGUACUCUGUAUAAUUAAGUGGAUGAGAUGUCACUUACAAUGUGGCUAUUGGAGGAUGAGAUUCAGGAUGUAUUUAUAAUUUUUUGGUAGGGUACACCAGCGAAUUAUCCUAAUUCUUCUCUUACCCUUCAUCAUCUUUCAUCUAAGUUCUUCUCAUACCCCUUUAUUUUGGACCUUAACCACAUGUCUG